CCUGGCAACUUCGCGAUGCCAAUUCAUGCUCAAACUUAUCCUCCACUUGGAAAAGUCACUGUACUUGAUCGAGAUGUGCUCGAUUUGACUGCUGUUCUCAAUAUCCCUCACACUCAAUCCGGAAAUCAUCCGGAAUGGGAAGCAUCACUCUGGUACUCAGUAGACGGAGCUGCUGACUGGAGUGAGGCACGGCUGAGUCCUUGCCCUGAGGCAAGCAGACCAUGUCCGCUACAGCGACAAGACUCGCUGACGGGGCAACUCUACUUCCGCUUUUCUUUCACGUUCGAGCGUUCUAUCACUUUCACUGUGAAGUAUCGCAGUGGUCGCGCAGACGACUGGACUUGGGUCAGGGACGAGUCCAAUCUAGAAGAUGGGACUGUUGUGAGACAGUCCUCGCCGGGUUUCUUUGAAGAUAUCUCUGCAGAGCUUCCACAUCUCGGUUCGGAAUGGGAGAUCGAGAAACGCCCUUGCGAUAUUGCGAGCCUUUGGCGCCUUCAAGCGGGAGUUCCACGACCUUGCCCUGGGCGAGGAGAACCGGAUCAGGAUACUUCUACCAUUCGUGACUUCCAUCUCGGCCUCCCCCGCAAGCCGGUCCUCAGAUGGUUUGCCCUUGUGCGUCAGUGUGCCUCUUGGCUUGCGCCUCGUCACGGGCGAAGUCAUCUGUCUUUUGACAAAGAUGCCGUCCUGUGUGCGUUUCUGCUGGAGAACGGGCACUAUCUUGCGUUCUUCGCAGUCAGCGGCUUGAACAAUGUGAUGUCGGUGUUCCAGAGUACGCAUGAUGGGAUGCUCACGGUUCAUACACGCAGUGAUGGUUCUGGGGCAUAUCCAGAAAAGGCUACAGUACUUAUCGCCGAAUCCCGUCACUUAGAGAAGGCCAUCCAGGGGAUAAUGGCAUUCGUUCGUGAACAAAGUGAUAGUUUACCCAGAAUCGGAAUGGAGCACCAGGAGGAAGAAGCCCCUUUUCACUCUGAGAUGUACAAAUCGACCGAUCGCGACGCUUGGCACGACGGUCUGGGUUUCUGCACGUGGAAUUGCUUGGGGCCGGAGAUGACCGAAGCACGUCUGCUCGAAGUAUUGGAUGACCUCCAGAGCCAUGGCAUUCAAAUCACCAACCUCAUCUUGGACGAUGGCUGGCAGCACAUCGGCGACGGCGACACGCCGUUCUCAAGAGGGUGGACCGACUUUGAAGCCGCUCCAGAGAGGUUUUCCUCGGGUCUGAAAGCAACAGUCGCUUCGAUCAAGCACAGAUACGGGCGCAUUCGCCAUGUUGCCGUGUGGCAUGCUCUGCUUGGAUACUGGAGCGGGAUAGAUCCCAGGGGUCGACUUGCCGCAAAGUACGCCAACCAGACACUUGCUCGCAAAGACGACCACCUCGGGCUCGAUGGUGACAUGACGGUCGUUUCCAAGGAUGACUUGGCAAGGUUCUACGACGAUUUCUACGAGUUCCUGAAGGAUGCUGGCAUCGAUGGCGUCAAGACUGACGUGCAGAGCAUGGUAGAGUGUUGGAGCAGCGCCAGAGCUCGUCGCGAGCUCCUGUACUCCUAUCUCGACACAUGGAGUCAAGCUACACUUCGACAUUUCGAGAUGAAGACCAUCUCUUGCAUGUCCAUGUUCCCACAGGCCUUAUCAUACACAUAUGCCUCUUGCCACCGGCUGAUAUACCCUAUGCGAACAUCCGACGACUACUUUCCAGACGAGCUGGAUUCACACGCAUGGCAUAUCUGGACGAAUGCACACAAUUGUGUGUUGCUCCGGGAGAUGAAUGUGUUGCCUGACUGGGAUAUGUUCCAGAGUGUUCACGACUAUGCAGGUUUUCAUGCCGCUGGGAGGUGUAUCAGUGGUGGCCCGAUUUAUAUUACUGAUAAGCUCGGCGAACACGACCUUGGAUUGAUUGACCAGGUAUCGGCGAGGACGCCUCAAAAUGGUACAAUGGUCUUGCGGCCGAGCGGUACCGCACGAGCGAUGGACCCCUUUGCUGAUUCUAAGGACCUUUUGUUGCUCAAGGUUGGGAAUCAUUACGACAAUGCAGACUCGAAAGCCUCGAUUCUAGGACUGUUCAAUGUCACGAGGCGUCGCAUCAUGGAACUUGUGGCCCUCUCAGACUUCCCUGGUGUGGAAGAAGACAAGAAAUAUGUUGUCCGUUCCUACCGGUCUGGCUUAACGCCAACUUCAGACUGUACCAAGAAGACGCCCGUUCUAUACGAUGUGUCCAUUGAUUCGCACCAGUGGGACAUUUUAUACGCUGUUCCCCUGGUGCCUUUGGACAGCACAGUCAAAGACGGCGUGCAAAUAGCGAACCUCGGGCUUCUGGACAAGAUGAUGGGGUGUGCUGCUGUUUUGAAUACCUCUUUUGAAUCGGCAGCUGACGGCAAGAUCGAAAUAACGACCACACUCAAGGCACUCGGCGUCCUUGGUGUCUACAUCGACAGUCCGUCACGCCUCGACAUUUCAGAGAACAUCACUGUGAAGUUGCAUGGAGAGUAUGUCCCUGUCGACUUCCUCCACUUUCCACGCCAGGGGCUCGUGUUAGAGAUCGAUGUUCAGAGGGCUUGGAAAGAACUGGGGUUGACAUGCGGUGCAGAGGAAAAGGUAACAGUAGAUAUAUCGUUGCAGUUUUAAGUCGUAGAACAUGAAGAAGAUUUCAGAGCUGGACGCUUGAAUGAC